AUGGAGAUAACUCCUUCUCCAAUCGGUUCCUGCAACAAAGAGUUCCAGAAGAUCUACCAGGAUUGGUUCAACUACGCCGAUUCAGAUGGAGACGGUAGAAUUACUGGCACCGACGCCAUUAAAUUCUUCGGCAUGUCGAAUUUGCCUCGUCCCGAUCUUAAACAGGUGUGGGCUAUGGCGGACACCAAGAGGCAAGGAUACCUUGGCUUUAAAGAGUUCGUUGCAGCUAUGCAGUUAGUCACCUUGGCACAAUCCGGGAAGGAGAUAUCAAGUGAAAUCCUGCACAGCGAUGUUGAUUUUGAAAAUGUGCCUCCUCCCAUGAUGGAAGGUUUAGCGGAGCUUUUGGCUAAGAAAAAGAGGUCAACCUCCAGAUCAACUGAUUUUGAUGCUAAUGGUAGUCCUCCGGUUGAAACCUCACCUUCGGUACGUUGGUUUUCUUCUACGAAAUCUGCAAAGAAGGUCCCACUAUCCUCGGUGACAUCCAUAAUUGAUGGUUUGAAGAAGUUGUAUCUUCAAAAGCUGAAACCAUUGGAAGUUGCUUACCGCUUUAAUGAUUUUGUAUCUCCACUAUUGACAAAUAGUGAUUUUGAUGCCAAGCCCAUGGUUAUGCUAUUGGGCCAGUACUCCACAGGGAAAACAACAUUCAUUAAACAUCUACUUAAAAGUAGCUAUCCUGGAGCUCAUAUUGGACCUGAACCUACCACAGACAGAUUUGUUGUUGUUAUGUCUGGACCAGAUGAGAGAAGUAUUCCAGGCAAUACUGUGGCAGUUCAGGCAGACAUGCCAUACAGUGGACUAACAACUUUUGGAACUGCAUUUCUGUCGAAAUUUGAAUGUUCUCAAAUGCCGCAUCCUCUGCUGGAGCAUAUCACAUUUGUAGACUCACCUGGAGUGUUAUCUGGAGAAAAGCAACGAAUCCACCGGUCUUAUGAUUUUACUGGUGUGACGUCAUGGUUCGCUGCUAAGUGUGACCUUAUUUUGCUUCUCUUUGAUCCUCACAAACUUGAUGUUAGUGACGAGUUCAAGCGUGUCAUUUCAUCUUUACGUGGGCAUGAUGACAAGAUUAGGGUGGUUCUGAACAAGGCAGACCAAGUUGAUACGCAGCAACUAAUGAGAGUUUAUGGAGCCUUGAUGUGGUCAUUGGGGAAAGUCCUCAAUACUCCUGAAGUUAUGCGUGUCUAUAUCGGCUCAUUCAAUGAUAAACCAGUAAGCGAAAAUGCUGUUGGGCCACUUGGGAAAGAGCUUUUUGAGAAAGAACAGUCUGACCUUCUCUCUGAUCUAAAAGAUAUUCCCAAGAAGGCUUGUGAUCGAAGAAUCAAUGAAUUUGUGAAGCGUGCACGGGCUGCAAAAAUACAUGCUUACAUUAUUAGCCACCUUAAGAAGGAGAUGCCAUCCAUGAUGGGUAAAGCAAAGGCUCAGCAAAGACUAAUUGAUAAUUUGGCAGACGAAUUUGGAAAGGUUCAAAGGGAGUUUCACUUACCUCCAGGUGAUUUCCCAAAUGUAGAGCAGUUCAAGGAGGUUUUGAGCGGGUACAACAUCGACAAGUUUGAAAAGUUGAAGCCCAAAAUGAUCCAAGCUGUUGAUGACAUGCUCGGGUACGACAUCCCUGAUCUCUUGAAGAACUUCAGAAACCCUUACGACUAA